AUGGAUCCCAACCGCCAUUCCUUCGAUUCCUUCUACCACAAUUUCCCCCAGGCGCAGGCACAGCGUCCUCUUCCACCACCAACCUCUCAGCCUCAGCCUCAGCCUCAGUACCAGCCUCGGUAUCAGCCUCAGUAUCAUCCUCAGCAUCAGUAUCAGCCUCAACCGCAGCCUCAACCUCAACCUCAACCUCGACCUCAGCUGCCACCACUGUCUCAGUCUCAACCCCUUCGGGAAUAUCACCACUCGCAAGGGAUAUUCCAACCACUGCCUUGGCAGGAGCCGCAAUACAUUCUGUCUCAGCCGGGGACCUACGAAGACUUCGUAUCCGUCGACCAGGAGAAUCCACCUCAGGUCGUGCAGUGGCCAAUCUACCCGCCACAAACGGUGGUUCAGCCUCCUGUUCAAUCUCCAGGGCCUGGCAUACAGAUCAUGGUCCCUCCAAAUCCUUACCGCCCGUCUCCCCCGGAACAGCAACACCGACAGCACCAUCCUCAACCCGAUCUCCAGUCUCGCCCUCUGCAGACCUUCAGUGCUCAGGCUCAUCCUCUGCCACAAUCUCCCUCUCAAUCCUUCCAGCAGCCGCCACCGCAGAAGAACCAUCCGCAGCCUCCCAAUCACCAGAGAUCGGAUAAUCAGCAACAGCCCAAUGGGUCCCUCCACAUUCCAAACCCUAAUCUGGCUGUAACUAAUCUACAGGCGAGCCUGGAAGAUCCGGAGUCGACAAUCGAAGUAAUAACGCGGCCAAGAACUCUUCAGCAAAGCCAACCUCGCGUAUCACAAGCCAGGCAGACAGACGAAAACCCGAACCAGCCUGCUCCUAGAACCCAUCGUAACGACGAUGCUGCUAUUGUUCCCGAGCUCGAUUAUCCCUCCUUGCUGUGUGUCCUAGCUGACGACUAUCUCAAGGAGGCACGCGAACAAACCGCCCUGACUGAUGAAUAUUUCAAACUCAUCGCUACUGCACUCGGCUGCCUCGAGUCUACUCUCGCCAACUUCAAACUUGCUCCGUUGCGGGAGGCUCAGGUUUCCUUGCGAUAUGGUCAAAUUCUCUACGAAGAGACAGAAAAUUAUGACGAAGCUGAGACAAGAUUGACAAAAGCGAUAGACCUCUGUGAACGGCAUAAGCUCGUUGAUUUGAAAUAUGAGAUGCAGCUUCUCUUGUCCAAAGUGUUGUACGAGUCUAGACCCAAAGCCGCACUACGAGACAUGGAGAGGAUGAUCAACGAUGCCGAAGCGUACCGGCAUACGGUGUGGCUAUACAUCUUCCAAUUUCAACACGCCAUAUUCUCAUUGGCAUCUUCUGCUCUAGGUGAAGUCCACAGUGCCACCGUCCAGCUAGAGAAGAUUGCGACCCUGGCUCGUCAAAAUGGAGACAACUUUGUCUUUGCCUUUGCCUCUUUACUUGAGGCGUUGUUGCAUCUAUCGAGUUUGAGCCAUGAUGCAAUCACGGCCACAAACACGGCUCUAGCAAAAGCAAGGUCGUUGCAACAAGACCCCGACAGUGAGAACUUACCACAGAUGAAGAUAUUGAUGGAUUUCAUCGAUCUGUCAUGCAGUAUUCGGGAGGCGGAUGUCGAACAGACGGAGCAGAAGCGCAAAUCACUCCAUUCUGUCCUUUAUGGGGCCGUUCAGCAUCCUAACUGGCGGGAGGAUGGCCUCGUCUAUAUUCCUGUCAACAAACGAUCAAUCGCUGGGAUUCAAAUUCAUGCCAAUGGACACGUUAUCGAAAGAGAUGGCAAGUACUUUAUAACGUUUUCUUGGCUGACAGGUGAGGAAGUCGAGGCGCUGGCUUUCCUCUUCAGCGCUGACAGCUCUGCCUACAAAAACGGUGCCGACAGCGGGAAGGCAGAGAAGUUUGCAGCAAGUGGCCUUUCCGUCCUACGUUCCUCGGGCCAAUCAAUGUGCGUGACAGGCCAUCAGCUGUCACAGGGAGCGUACAUAUUUCGCAGACAGCUCGAAGCCCAAUUCCUCUUUCUCACCUGUUUCUUGGAAUGCUCAAAGGGCAGUUGGGAAGAGGCAAACGAGACAUUGACCCAGAUUACCACCAUUUCGGAGGAUAUGAGCGAUCUGUUUCCUGUCAACAUGAGAUACUGCUUACUUUACUUGAAGGGGUCUAUAUUACAGGGGACUGGCAAUCUCACAGCCGCCCUUGAGAUCUAUCAGUCUCCCACUUUCAGCCUUGCUUCCUCCCAGACUUCGCCCUCAGAUGGGCCCAGAGUACCCCAGAACAGAUCAAGCUCUUACCACGCAGCCUCGGACGUGAGGCGCGACUUUUGCAUCCUGGCUGCCAUGAAUUCUGCCUUAAUCCUACACAAUCCUCGUCAUCCUCAACACAAUCAACUCAAUUAUCUCGUCAGAAACCUGGAUACUGCUGUCCAGAACUCGGGGAACAAAUACAUAGAGGCACACUACUCGCUGCUCAUCUCUGUGCUGUCUUCCUCAUUGUUGACUGCCAAACAGUACUUGCGAAGUGCAAUGGAUGCGGCAAAAUCCAUCGGUAGCGGGCAAACAACCUCAAUUGUGUUGAUCUACAUGCAGGACAAGCUGUUCAAAGGGACGGUGGAUGAGCAGGGGAUGAAAUGCGCAAGGGCAGCAACCCAUAUGGUAAAGCGAUGGGGAAACUCAAUGUGGACUCACGUGUCUGUCGGUCUCGAGGCGGAUUGUCUCGAACUCAAUGGCCAUACGAAAGAAGCGCAACAGAGGCGGGCUGAGGCAGAGGCAAGUUGGGCACUGCUGCCGGAGAAGGUCCAGUCAGUCACAAGGACUUGA